UUGUUCUGAGCUCAGUUGAGAGUGUCCAGCUGUAACUAGGGAUAGAAACCCAUACGGGAUGGACCUUCAAGAUCCCAGAGGACUGAAGAUGGAACAGAUGGUUGCUAUGGAGACCCCCGAGGGUGGAAAGAACGUAUUCUUCAUCGUAGUUGUGGACCCCUCGCAGUUGAAAGCCGCUUUGCACCAGCUUCCUUUGCAAUCAAAUAAUGCCAAGAUCACCUUGUAUGAAGAUGACGAUACUUCUGAAGAAGAAGAAGAAAAUACCAAAUGGGAACCAAAAGGAACGAAACCGCUUCCAGAGCCCUCUUCUGUACCCAAGGUGAUUUUAAUGAUGAUCUUACAUGUAUGCCGUAAAAUUAUGUUCAUGGAUACCAGAUUGAAGGUUGGAAUAUACCUAGCAAGUUUGUUUGUGGUAUCACUACUUGCUGAUGUGUUUCCUUUUCCAAAAACUUAUUUUGCCAGGAAAGACAAUAUUUUCAAUGUUUACUUUGUGAAAAUCGCAUGGGGAUGGACUUUAAUUCUAUCAGUACCUUUUGUAGUUCUGACAAGUUCAACCUACUGUUGUGGGAAAAGAGAAAAGAUAUUGAAACAUUUGAUCAGACUUGCUGUGGCUACUGCAUCAUGGUUUUUUUGGGUUCAUUUGUUUGCUUAUAUCGAAAGCACUGUGGGAAGAUGCAAUGUAAAAGGAGAUAAAUAUCAAAAUAAAUCUGCAUGUUUAGAACGAGGACUGUUCUGGCAAGGGUUUGAUAUAUCUGGCCAUACAUUUAUUUUGAUUUAUAGCAGUCUUGUUUUAAUUGAAGAAGCAAGAGCAAUUAUCGGAUGGGAAGGAAUUGGAGAUAUGCUGAGAAAUGAAGAGUACACCCGAACUUUCAACAUCAAGGAAACCAGCAGCAAUCCAUUAAGAAAUUUAAAUUCAAGAGACUUUGAAGUACUUAAAUUUAAUUAUGAAAGGUAUACUCCUUAUGUCAGAGGAAUAUUUAUUGGUAUCACUUGCUUUAUUAUUUUAUGGGAUUCAAUGCUUGUGAGUACAAUGCUAUAUUUUCACAGCAUGGUAGAGAAGUUUCUCAGCGGUUGUAUAGCAAUUUUAAUGUGGUAUGCUACCUACAACUUUUGGUAUGCAUUACCUAAUUGUCUUCCUCAAUUACCAGGGGAGGGAGAUUUUAAAUAUAAAGACUCAAAACCCUUCCAGGGAACUGCCAUUGGCUAGAAAGAGCAAACCUGUAGAAAAAGGGCAAUUGCCAAAAUUUAUGGGAAUGCCUCUCUAUGGUCUCAGAAACGAAAUGCCUUCACAAGAAAAAUCUGACUCGAUGGGAAGUGAUAACGGUUUGGGAAUUACAGCUCAGACGUGAUCUGUA